CCCGCGCCUGUCACCCCGCGCCGCCCGCCGCCGCCCGCGCCAUCUGCUGCCCCCCGCCGCUUCCAGCCCUGCGGAUCCACUUGUCCUCCAGGAUCCCUUGCUGGCCGUCGCUCCUGCCUGCCCUUCGCCCCGCAGAGAGCCUCUCUCCUCUCUGCGGCUCUCCCCAGCGGAGGCUCGGUCGCCUUUUGUGCAGCACCUAACUGUCGCUGGAGCAGCUCGCCUUUCACUGCCUCGCCUCCUUUCCUGCCGCUCCAGAUCUUCUGUUCCUGCCGGUAAUGAGGAGCCUGUGGGAGCACUGAAGAGGAGUAGGAAGAGCUCGCCUGGCGUGCCCGAGUGGGGCUGCUCCCCUCCUUCCCGCUCCCCUCCUUUGAGGGGGGCCGAGCCCCCCGCCAGCCUCCUGCUUCUUCAGGCCGUGCAAGCCGGGGUGGUGGCUGUGGCGUGGCGAGCGGCAAGAUGACGGACACCCGGCGGAGGGUGAAGGUGUACACGCUAAAUGAGGACCGCCAGUGGGACGAUCGAGGCACGGGGCAUGUGUCCUCUUGCUACGUGGAGAGGCUGAAGGGCAUGUCCCUGCUAGUCAGGGCAGAGAGUGAUGGUUCUCUUCUUUUGGAGUCCAAAAUUAACCCGAACACCGCGUACCAGAAACAACAGGAUACCUUGAUUGUGUGGUCUGAAGCUGAAAAUUAUGAUUUGGCACUUAGCUUUCAAGAAAAAGCAGGAUGUGAUGAAAUAUGGGAAAAAAUAUGUCAGGUUCAAGGCAAAGACCCUUCUGUCGAUAUUACUCAGGACCUUGUGGAUGAAUCUGAGGAAGAACGUUUUGAUGAUAUGUCUUCACCAGGUCUAGAAUUGCCAUCUUGUGAAUUGAGUCGACUAGAAGAAAUUGCAGAACUUGUGGCAUCUUCACUGCCUUCACCAUUACGUCGUGAAAAACUCGCACUAGCACUGGAAAAUGAGGGCUAUAUUAAGAAGCUCUUAGAAAUUUUUCACGUGUGUGAGGACUUGGAGAACAUUGAAGGACUACACCACUUGUAUGAAAUUAUCAAGGGAAUCUUCCUUUUGAACAGAACUGCACUUUUUGAAGUCAUGUUUUCUGAAGAAUGUAUAAUGGACGUAAUUGGAUGCCUAGAAUACGAUCCAUCUUUAUCACAGUCACGGAAACACAGGGAAUUUCUGACUAAAACAGCAAAAUUUAAAGAGGUUAUUCCUAUAUCUGACCCAGAGCUGAAGCAAAAAAUACAUCAGACAUACAGAGUACAGUAUAUUCAGGAUAUGGUCCUACCCACUCCCUCAGUAUUUGAGGAAAACAUGUUAUCAACACUUCAUUCUUUCAUCUUUUUUAAUAAAGUGGAAAUAGUUGGUAUGUUACAGGAAGAUGAAAAAUUUCUGACAGAGUUGUUUGCACAACUAACAGAUGAAGCCACAGAUGAGGAGAAAAGGCAGGAAUUGGUAAAUUUUCUUAAAGAGUUUUGUGCAUUCUCCCAAACAUUGCAACCUCAAAAUAGAGAUGCAUUUUUCAAAACUUUGUCAAAUAUGGGCAUCCUGCCAGCACUAGAAGUCAUAUUGGGUAUGGAUGAUGCACAAGUACGAAGUGCAGCCACUGACAUAUUCUCAUAUUUGGUUGAAUACAACCCAUCCAUGGUACGAGAGUUUGUCAUGCAGGAAGCGCAGCAGAAUGAUGAUGAUAUACUACUCAUUAACCUCAUUAUAGAACACAUGAUUUGUGACACAGAUCCAGAACUUGGAGGGGCAGUGCUACUCAUGGGUUUACUUCGUACUUUAGUUGAUCCAGAAAAUAUGCUUGCCACUGCCAAUAAAACAGAAAAGACAGAGUUCUUGGGUUUCUUCUAUAAGCAUUGUAUGCAUGUUCUCACAGCCCCAUUAUUAGCCAAUACUACAGAGGACAAGCCUAGCAAAGAUGAUUUUCAGACUGCCCAGCUCUUGGCAUUAAUACUGGAAUUGCUAACUUUCUGUGUAGAGCAUCAUACUUAUCAUAUAAAGAACUACAUUAUUAACAAAGAUAUCCUGCGAAGGGUACUUGUUCUAAUGGCCUCAAAGCAUGCUUUCCUGGCAUUGUGUGCCCUUCGUUUCAAGAGAAAGAUUAUUGGACUAAAGGAUGAAUUCUACAACCGUUACAUAAUGAAAAGUUUUUUGUUUGAACCUGUGGUCAAAGCAUUUCUAAAUAAUGGUUCCCGUUAUAAUCUGAUGAACUCUGCCAUAAUAGAGAUGUUUGAAUUUAUCAGAGUGGAAGAUAUAAAAUCAUUAACCGCUCAUGUAAUUGAAAAUUAUUGGAAAGCACUGGAAGAUGUAGAUUAUGUGCAGACAUUCAAAGGACUAAAACUGCGAUUUGAGCAACAAAGGGAAAGACAAGAUAAUCCAAAACUUGACAGUAUGCGCUCCAUUUUGAGAAACCACCGAUAUCGAAGGGAUGCUAGAACUCUGGAGGAUGAGGAGGAAAUGUGGUUUAAUACUGAUGAAGAUGAUAUAGAAGAUGGAGAGGCAG